AUGCAGUCAAAUCCGCGCAAGCGCCGGCGCCCAGCCUUAUCGUGCGAGCAAUGUCGUCGGCGAAAGGUGCGGUGUGAUCGGGAAAUGCCCUGUGGGCCUUGUACGAAGUCCCACCCCCCUUUGGCUUGUCAAUUUGUUCAUGAAGGGAAAGCGGUACUUGAUGCGAGAUCUCAAGGAGCAGCUCUUGAAUAUGAGCCCGUUAUACGGACCUCCGGUUCUCGUGAUACGCCAGGUCUUGUCGAGAACAGCACAGCUGAUGCGGCUCGACUGGCGGAACUUGAGCGCAGCGUUUCUAUGCUUCAGAACCGGGUUAACGAGCUAGAAAAAGAUCGUCCAGUUAGUACUGGAAUACCACCGGAUAGCGCAGAACGAUCACAGACAUUAAUUCCUCCUUUGGCUCCGCAUUUAAAAUCCUCGAAGCACGAGACUAAACUAUUUGGGCCUACACACUGGGCCCAUGUAUUUCAAGAAUUCCAUCAUCUGAGAAGCGUUCGCGGAACCGCCAUCCAUGAAGGUGUCCCCAGAAACGAAAUAAGCAAAUCGCUCAAAGAAACCCGGACGCUGAGAUGGAAUGUCAAGAACUGGCAAAAGCCACAUUUACUAGAUCCAACCCCAAACCUCUUGGGUGACCUACCAGCAAGAGAAGUCUGUGAUGAGCUCGUUCAAUCAUACCUCCGAACGAUAGAAUUGAUCUACAGAGUGUUGCAUAUCCCCACUUUCAAGCAAGAGUACAAGGCCUUCUGGGUAGACCCACAGUCUACCUCCACUGGCUUCCUCAUGGAACUUCUUUUGAUAAUUUCUAUCGGAGCUAUAUUCUAUUUCAAGCCUGGACCAGCUAAUGAUCUGCGUUUACCCAUUCGCCGUUGGCUCCAUGCAGCCCAAUGGUGGCUCACUGGUCCUACGGCCAGGGAAAGUGCAACUAUUCAGGGCCUGCAGGUGCAUUGCUUGUUGCUUCUGUGUCGCCAGGCAUAUGCGAUCGAUAAAUGGGGGAACUGGAACUCUGCCGGUUCACUGUUGCGGUUGGCUAUCAGUCAAGGUCUCCAUCGAGAUCCACAUAACUUCUCGAGGCUUUCUGCUUUUGAUGCUGAGAUGCGACGUCGUAUAUGGGCAACGAUUUUGGAACUGAAUGUGCAACUUUCCGUUGAUGCUGCUAUGCCUCCUUUAUUCUCUGUCGAUGAUUAUGAUACGAAGCCUCCAUCUAAUUUGGAUGAUGAAGACUUCGACGCUACGAGUGAGACGCUACCUACUCCGAAGUCUAAAGGUCAAUAUACCGAUUCUUCAAUUCAGAUUACUCUUCAGCAAUCUUUUUCAACUCGUCUAUGCAUCGCCAGAAACAUCAAUGAGUGCAAUCGUGAGCAGUCAUAUGAAGAGGCUUUGGCCCUAGGCGCAGAGUUGAUAGCAGCAUUUAAAGAGAUUGCGACUCUUUUCCAUAGCUAUUUGGCUCAGGCUACUAAGCGUACCAGUGAACCAACACUAUUCCAUCAUCGCCUCCUCGAUACAAUUAUCCAUCGCUUGCUCCUCAAUCUCUAUCGCCCAUUCGCAGUUAAAGCCCUCAAUGAUCCACGAUUCUAUCUUUCUCGAAAACUCAGCCUGAGCUCCGCUCUGGCAAUGACUUCUCACGGAGAGAGCAAUACCAGUCUGGCCAGCAACUUGCAACAAUCAAAUCAAGACUUCUUCCGCCUUUGUCUUUCAGGAGCAGGCCUCUUCAAGGGAUAUCUUUCCCCGGAUGUGAUAAUGGUCAUUGGACUAGAGCUCAUAACCCAGAUCGAUGAAGAGACAACCAGUCAGCCCGCGGUGUCUUCAGUAACGACACCAAGCACUAUUAAUAAAAUGGCGCAGGCCGCUCGAGCCCCACUGUUAGAGGCCCUCGAGCGCAUAUCUGAUCAUCUGUAUCAAAGUAUAGCAGCGGGCAUUCCUAGCCUGAAACGGUACGGUCUUUUGAGAGGCAUGAUUGCCCAAAUCACCGCUGCAAAUCGUGAUGAACAAAGUAUCCACGCGGAGAUUCGGCAUUCAAUUAUGGAUAGUUUGGAGACAUCUCGGGUCUUGCUUCAAGCGUAUAUCUCCAGUGAGAUAAAUCGCUCCGAUGCUGAUGGGCCCGCUCUUCCGACGGGUGGUAUGGAUAUAUGGACACCUGAUAGUGGUCUUGUGUCGAGCUUGAGCUCUGAUUUCAUGGUAAGUUAA